AUGGAGGCAUUAGCAGGGCUUGGCAGAGGCUACAGUUAUGUCAAAUCUGCUAUACUUUGUCAGAUAUACUUAUUAAAUGCAAUGGCAUAUGAUCGCUAUGUUGCCAUCUGUAGCCCUUUGCUUUACAGUAGCAUCAUGUCUCAACAUAAGUGCCUUUCUCUUGUUUUAGGAGUUUACAUUAUAGGUAUAGUUUGUGCAUCAGCUCAUGUAGGGUGUAUACUUAGAGUUGAUUUCUGCAGAUUUGAUAUGAUUAACCAUUAUUUCUGUGAUCUUAUUUCUAUCCUUAAGCUCUCAUGCUCUAAUAUUUUUGUGAAUGAGCUCGUAAUUCUAAUUUUUAGUCUAAUUAAUACCAUUUUCCCAACCCUGACCAUCCUCAUUUCUUAUAUUUUCAUCAUUAUCAGCAUCCUUCGCAUUAAAUCCACAGAAGGAAGAUCCAAAGCCUUUAGUACCUGUAGCUCUCACAUCUCAGCUGUUGCUGUCUUUUUUGGUUCUGCUGCAUUUAUGUAUCUGAAACCACCAUCUUCAAGCUCCAUAGAUGAAGGAAAAAUAUGUUCCAUAUUCUACACAAUCUUUGUGCCUAUGCUCAACCCCCUAAUCUAUAGUCUGAGGAACAAGGAUGUCAAUAUUGCUCUAAAGAAAAUCAUAGAAAGAAGAUCAUUUUUCUGA